AGAUGAAGAAAAGUCCAAACAGAGAAGCAGCUGGAAUCACAUCCAGUUUAUCAGCAUGUUUCUGAUGUGUUGGAGAUGGAACCAUGAGCCAGACCCACUGAGGUGAACAGGUGGCUGGUUAUCAGAGGGUGACAUGAAGGUGACUGCUGGAUGGAGGAUGGGGAGGGCCUUCCAGCUGCAGCUCCUCUGAGGAAGAACGUUCUUUAGACGUUCCUGAUCUCCACCGUCCUCCUCCCUCCAGCGGUCCCACAAUGGACCCUUUGUGUUCUGCAGAGACGUCACGGGUCAGGCGGAACCAGAGCCACUCGGCCCGCAGGAACAGGGUGAAGGACGACUGGAGACGGUGUCUGCUGGGGACAGGACCCAGAGCUGCACAGGACGGCCAGAGGGCAACGGCAGGACAUCAUGCUGUGAGACUUUCGUCCUGCCUCACACGGACAAAGGGAGUCUGCAGGCUGUCUUCAGUGAAGAUGAGUGGCACCAAAAGGAAGAGUGGCUUUCAGAUCACUAGUGUCACCUCUGAUUCCGUCCACCUAACCUCUCCAAUCAACCAAUCAUCUCCAAGAGAAACUUUGCCCAACCAAUCAGGUCAUUCCUCCUCAAUCAGCCCCCAGGGAAGCUCCUCUCAGCCCACCACUCCAUCUUCAAAGAAGAAAUACAUUUCCCAUGAUGCUCUAGGACAGCGCGCCAGUUCCCCCUCCAGGUUUAGGUUGGUGAGGCUGACUGAGGGCGGGGCCAGCAGCAGUGGGCGGGGCUCUUAUAGGCGUGGGAGAUGGACAUGCAAAGAGUUUAAGGAGCAGUUUGAGGGGGCGGGGAUGAGAUGGAUGAUGGACAGCCUAAGAAACGCCCAUUCUUUGGAUUCCUUGGAUAUCAUGGAUCUGGAAAAGGGUGGAGUCACUCCUCAGUACACUUCCUGCCCUUUGGCUCUGCCAUCAAGAGGAAUCAAAGGGGUGGGGCUUGUUUCACCAAGUGGACCACCAUCUCCGACACAGCCGGAGACAAACCACCUUGUUAAGGACAAAGAGCCAAUCAGAGGACCCAGUUUAGAGCCCGCCCCUACAACGGCCCCACCUCGCCCACAGAAUUUCCCGCUUCCAUUACGACCGUACGCUGGCACACCUGGACAGCCUUCCUUCAGGAUGUCCCAGUCUUUACCUGGCUCUCCCCCCACUGGACGCUGCCGUCCCUCCCUGAUGUCCCUACACCCCCCUUCAGCCUCCAGUCUGGACCAAACCGUCUUCAUCCAGCAGGAGGACAGCAGACCUGCCAGUCCAGCCAUCGACAGUAAGAUCCAGCAAGCCAUGGACCUGACCAAGAGUCACCUGAUGGUGGCGGUGCGAGAGGAGGUGGAGCUUCUGAAGGAGCACAUCAGAGACCUUCAGGAGAAGAACCAGCAGCUGGAGAGAGAGAACCACGUCCUGCGGGCGCUGACACGCCACUACUACCCAGAAAAAUGACAUCACCAUGGUAACGGCAUCGGUGGAACGUCUGCUGGACGGAGAACCAGCAGCAGCAGCAGCGAUGGAGAACUGGACCUUCUGCCAGGAGCGACUGGGGAGGAAAACACCUCAGCUCUCUUCAUCUAAAGCGAACUACCAGCAGGGGUCAAAGGUUAAAUGUUCACACAUUAAAAUAAAACUCAAACAUCAAAGGUU